AUGGUUGAUGAUCAGAUAGCUCCUGUAGUGAGACCACCACGUAGAGUACCACUUAGUUUAAAACCUAAACUUGAAUUAAAAUUAAGCGAAUUAGAGAGACAGGGCAUUAUUGCAAAAGUUGAUCAACCUUUGAACUGGGUUAGCAAUCUAGUAAUAAUUGAAAAAGCUAAUGGAUCCUUAAGAAUAUGCCUUGAUCCUCAAGAUCUUAACAAAGCUAUAAAAAGAGAACAUGUGUUGAUUCCAACAAUUGAGGAGAUUUUACCAAAGCUAUGUAAUAAAUCAAUUUACUCUGUUUUGGACUUAAAGGAUGGGUUUUUUUCAAAUAGCGUUAGAUGGAAAUAG